UGGCUCCCUCUUCCCUACAAAUAAUAUCAGUUGAAUUUUUCAAUGUUUAAAAAACAACAAUUUGUAUCUUGCAAAAUAAUUUGCUAAUUUUACUACUUUAUAAAAGUUUUAUUAAGUUACCGUAUAGAAGUAAUACUGGUUUUUAAAAUCAAGCAAUACAUUUUGCCCCUUUCGUUAUUGAUAAAACUUUAGACAUUGUUGUUUGAAAAAAAAGUUAAAAUCUCAGUGAAGUUUCAAUUAAGAAGAAGUAGGACGUAGUACAAGGAUUUGGACCUAAUUGUUACCCUUUUAUAAUUAUAAAUAAGAUGUAUGAUACUGACGAUGAACCAGAAAUUACUCUUGAAAAUGUAAAUGAAGUAUUGGCACAAAUAGAAAAUAAAUAUUCUCCAGUGAAAAAUAUCAGUGCCAAUAGUGAGAUUGAAGAAAGUUUAAUUGUGUUAACCAAAGAGCUAGAUUCCAUUGGUAUACCAGCACUCAAUUUAUCACAAACUCCUAAGAAUAUUUUUAAAGAACUUAUCUCUAGUACUAGAAGUUUGGUUCAAAUACACAGAAACACCCUCGCACAAAUGAAAGAUACCAAUAUCGCCAGCCAAAGAAAUAAUAUUCAAAACAAUCACUUAUAUAAAGUCAUAGAAUGCUGCCAGUCUAAAGUAAACGCUUAUGAAAAUAAAAAUGCGGAAUUAAAAAAUCGCAUUGAUGUUUUGGAAGACAAAUUAUUAGAAUAUAAAAAGAAAGAAGCAAAUGCAAAGAAUGAAAUGGACAAAAUUAAAAGGUAUCAAAAGGAACAAAAUAACGACUUCAUAAGACAAUUUAAAAAACUUUCAGAAGAAAAUAAAAAAUUAAUAGAAUCUAAUACAGACGUAAAGCCGCAUUCAAAAGAUGAAGUAAUGUUGAACUUUAUUGGAAAGUACAAAAGAAAUGAAGAAAUUUAUAAAACCACAAUUAAUCAGUUAGAAGCAAACAACAGGCAGCUUGUGAGGGAUAUUAUUGAUUUGAAAUGUAAAAAAAAUUCAACGUCCGAUUGAAACUUUUAUUUAUAUUUUGUUUUACAUUUUAAUUAUUGCAAUAUUGACAAAAGGUUUUUCUGUUACGUAAUUCUAUUUUUAAUAAAUAAUAUUUCAAAAA